UUUUCUGUUUUCCUGCCGCACACUGAGCCAAGUUUUGUCGGUGUCAGCCUCUCUCUACCUAUCCGCUGCAAACAGGUUGCUGAAGAGAGGAAACAUUUCCCCGCGCGUCUCUUCCGCCGCGUAUUUGUUUUGAUAGAAAAAAAAAAGCAAAAGAAAAGAAAACUGUGCCAAGAUGAUGAUAAUUAUUGCGGAGUUCUUCGUGGUCAUUUUGAAGGUGCUCUGGGCUUUUUUGACGGCCGGGGCGAAGUGGGUUGUGCGACCCAAGGAGAAGAGCGUGGCGGGACAGGUGUGCGUGAUCACCGGGGCUGGCAGCGGCCUCGGCCGCCUCUUCGCCAAGGAGUUCGCCCGGAGGCGAGCGAUACUGGUCUUAUGGGACAUAAACAGCCAAAGCAACGAGGAAACCGCGGAGAUGGUGCGGCAGAUAUACCACGACCUGGACACUCCCAUCACCAAAGACGGACCUGUUGGAGGUGUAGAGGAAGUCCCUCCUUUCCAGCCGCAGGUCUACACCUAUGUGUGUGACGUGGGGAAGCGCGAGAGUGUGUAUUCCACGGCCGAGAAGGUGCGCCGGGAGGUGGGAGAGGUGGACAUACUCAUCAACAACGCCGGCGUCGUCUCUGGCCACCACCUCCUGGAGUGUCCCGAUGAGCUGAUCGAGCGCACCAUGGUGGUCAACUGUCACGCGCACUUCUGGACCACCAAGGCGUUUCUCCCCAAGAUGCUGGAGCUGAAUCAUGGUCACAUUGUGACGGUUGCCAGCUCCCUGGGUUUAUUCAGCACAGCUGGAGUGGAGGAUUACUGCGCCAGUAAGUUCGGUGCCAUCGGGUUCCACGAGUCGCUGAGCCACGAGCUGAAGGCCUCGGAGAAGGACGGCAUCAACAUGACCCUGGUGUGUCCGUACCUGGUCGACACGGGGAUGUUCAAAGGCUGCAGGAUAAGGAAGGAAAUCGAGCCUUUCCUGCCUCCCCUGAAGCCGGAGUUCUGCGUGAAACAAGCCAUGAGGGCCAUCCUCACCGACCAGCCCAUGAUCUGCACACCGCGCAUCGUCUACAUGGUGAACUUCAUGAAAAGCAUCCUGCCCUUCGAGGCCAUCGUGUGCAUGUACCGGUUCCUGGGCGCAGACAAGUGCAUGUACCCCUUUCUAGCUCAGAGAAAGGAGGCCAUGAACAACAACGAGGCCAAGAACGGGAUCUAAGUUGUUGCAACACGGACAGAGGCGUAUAAACCUUAUGAGCAUGAGGAAACAACCACUGCGGAUGAAGACGGCGAGGAGAGACGGACGGCAAGAAAAGACUAAAUCUAGACUGGUGCACUUGCAUUGAGCAAAUGCAAAGGUUUACCAUAUUGUUCCUCUGGAACAAAGAAAGCUGUGUACUACACAAAGGAUUUAUUUGACUUGUUUUGUCUUUUUUUUUUUUUUUUUUUCAAAAGUUUGUUUAAAGAAACCAACAUCUAUAUACUGUGUCACUAGUUUUUGAAAUCAUACAGAAAAGCUAUCCAGUAAUUAACUAUUUACAUAAUGUAGUCACCAGCCUUAUCUAGUGUCAUUGUGGAAAUAUACAGUAUGUUACUGUACAAACAGUAAUCUUUUUUUUUUCACCUUUAUUUUAUUUUUGUAGACAUGCACUGUAAUUUUUUUUUUUUUUUCUUCCUUUAAUGUAAACUCAGAUUUUUCUACACUGCCAGCGUUCUCUGUGUAGGAAGGUUUAACGCAGCAUUUCAAACGUCGCCCCGGCAGAGGCUCUUUUUCAGUCAGGACAAUUUAUUAGCCACCUACGCGGCUCCGAUCCCAGCCAGUGCCAUUUAAAAUAAAGCGAGGAGGGAGAAGAUUCCACAUUUGUUGGUCGUAUUGCAUUUUUCUUUCUUUUUUUUUUCUUUUUUUUCUUGGAGUUAGAGACAUGUAGCAUAUGUUAAUGAUGUGGUCGACACAUUCCUCGAUGGGACACUUCCUGGCCAGAUUGAGGCUGAUUGAACCUUCACAGGUGUCUCCAGAGUGGCGGGGACUCGGCGGCGUCCCUCGGCGGUCCUGUCAGUUUCACGAAACAUGUCCGUGUGACGCAUCCAGAAUGUACGGUUUCAGGCAGAAAUCAAGAGGGAACACCUUUUUUUUUUUUUUUUUUUUUUCUUUCCCCCCCCUCUCCCAAUGAAAUCUGUGGUAUUCAUGUUGUAAAUUGUAUCCGUUACCAAUAUUGCAAAAAAAUAAAAUUAAAAAAAACAAAAAAAAGAAAAACAAACACCCAGCAUAGUUUGUCACUUCAGGCAAAAGCGCAGUCCCAGCACUGACGUGUGUGUGUGUGUGUAUGUGUGUGUGUGUGUGUGUGUGUGUGGUUGAGGGAAAUGUAUUAAAGACUAGUUAUUUUUGUUUUUUUGUUUUCAAUUUUUUUCCCCCUCAAAGGUAAUACUUUAACUCUUGUCCGGUGUCAGCCUUGUCCAAUUAAAGUGAAAUGUAUCCGUUUAAAUGUUGUAAAUGUCCCCCCCCCCCCCCAAAAAAAAAAAAAAAAAACUGUCUCCACCAUAUUUGAUGUAUAAAUAUUUUGUAUACCUUUUCUGAGAUGACAAGAGUUUUUUUUUUGAAUUUCAACUACAUUCCAAUAGGCCUCAUUCCUCCAGUCACAGCGAUGAGCCUAAAGUCUCUACCUCUUAAUUUUUGUCUUUUAUUUUGACAGUAUGACAUAAGCCUCUUUUUGUAAUAUUCUGAAGACUGCUCCAUAGCAGAGCAAAUGUGGUUCCAAUGUUUAGUGUCUCUACCUAACUUAAAUUAAUAAAGUGAUUUAGAUUAUUA